CAAAACACAGCCGUACUUUUCCUAUUUCUCGAUUUGACCUUUUUUUUUUCCCCAAGAAUUCCAGUCAAUGACGUGCGUAUGUUCCAUGGACUGUACCAGAAGUGCCUCUGUGCCGUCCCUCUCUGCACUGACGAUGUAGGCGCUUAUUAGCUCGAUUAUAUCGCUUGAAUCCAACGAUUUGGUUGGCGGCUAUCUGGAUCUCGAGUCAUUACCGGACGCCAUAGUUUGAUAAUUCAGCGCACGCUAUAUAGGCACCAGGCGGCGGCACAGUGAUGAAAUAACUAAUUUUACUCCCUUCCAGAAACAAGGCACCUCUUUCUAUUCCAAAGCUAACCCCAUACUCCCCCGCAUGAUGCUAGACGAAGCACUAGAUUUUGGCAAACGUGCCUCGGAUGCAAACAGUUUCUACGGGUAUGUCCCCGACAGAGGGAUCUCAAUCCUUUUCUUGGUCCUCUUUUCUGUAUCAACCUUACUCCACACGGGCCAGGCGAUCUUCUCUCGCGCAUGGUGGUUGCUGGCCACCGCGUUCCUGUGCGGCCUCCUCGAGAUUCUCGGAUGGAGCGCACGCCUAUGGUCCAGUUCCAACCCUGACCUCGCGGGUCCUUACGAGAUGCAAUUGACGUGUACCAUCUUGGCACCGACACCGCUCCUGGCCGCCAACUUUGUCAUCCUCGAGAAGCUGAUCGAGCGUCUUGGAGCCGGGUACAGUCGCCUGAGCCCCAGAGCGUAUCUUAUUUUCUUUUGUUCUUGCGAUAUAAUAUCUCUCGUGAUACAAGCCGUUGGUGGAGGAAUGGCAGCAACGGCUGUAUCCCAGAACACAAGCCCCAACAAGGGAGGACAUAUCAUGCUAGGCGGUAUCGCCUUCCAAAUGGCUGUCAUCACGGUAUACGCCAUCUUGGGCAGCGAGUUCCUCAUAAGAUACUUGGCUGAUAAGCCUAUUCGCGGGCGCGACAUCACCAAAGGUCAUUUGAACAUGAAAUUGAGAUUCCUCACCGUAGCUCUGGCCUUCAGCACGGUUUGUCUGUUUAUUCGAGCUGUAUAUCGUACCAUCGAGCUCUCCGAUGGGUGGUCGGGAAGAAUCAUUACCACCGAAGUCUAUUUCAAUGUUCUCGACGGGGCGAUGAUUGUCCUGGCCAUUUAUACCUUCAACAUAUUCCAUCCGACACUGCUACUCAAGGACAAGGCCAAAGCACUAGAAGAGAAGCAAGAGAGAGACGUCGACGGGGACACUGUAGUUGCAUAGGCAACCGUUUUGAUUAAAGCUUCUUGCAUUUACACUGUUAUCUUUCCGUUUUACAUACACGCUCCUUAUUUACAAGAUAAAUUUAAAGUAUGAGGAUGAAGAGC